CCCCAGCUUUCAUCGAAAGACUCUCCAGCUGAUAGGAAAGGGGUAUCAGCUGUGGCAACCUAUGUUGCUGGUGUAACAGCAAUGUACGGUUUGAAGGCCCACCUGGCCCAUUACGUGAAGUACAUGUCUGCAUCGAAAGAUGUGCUGGCCAUAGCAACAACGGAAGUGAAUCUGUCUGACAUCCCCGAAGGCAAAGUGUCGGUGAUCAAGUGGCGAGGAAAGCCAGUAUUCGUCUACCACAGGUCGCAGGUAACAAUCAAUCAAGAAAAAGUCAUAAAUAUAUCCCAACUCCGAGACCCUGAAACCGACGAAGCAAGAGUGCAAAAACCCGAGUGGCUAGUGGUGAUCGGUGUGUGCACGCACUUGGGAUGCGUACCAAUUCCCAAUUCUGGUAUAGUACCUGGAGGUUUUUAUUGCCCUUGUCACGGCUCCCACUACGACGCAUCAGGAAGAAUUCGAAAGGGGCCGGCGCCAACGAAUCUCGAAAUUCCCACUUACAGAUUUGUCGAUGAUGAAACAAUCCUCAUAGGCUGAUGAAUUCUAGAAUA